GGAAGUGAGUCCCCCGGGGCAGGGCGUGCGCAGCCGUGGAAAACUAUAAAUUAACGGAAGCUUCCUCGACUUCACUUUGCAGCGCCUCGCAAGUCUCCACGGUUGUCUGAGCAGUGCCGACUGUCAACUACAUUCAACCAACCAUGUCGUGGGAUAGCUACAUCACAAACGUAAUGGCAAACGACUUCGUAAUGGACUGUGCAAUCGUGGGUCUGGAACCACCGUCGAUCUGGGCAUCGCAAUCAGGGGGGAAGCUUGCCAACUUGACGGCAGCUGAGAUGAAGAGUCUCGCUGGCAACCAGACCUCCCGCCAGAGCUUCAUGGCAGGGGGUCUGACCCUGGCGGGCGUCAAGUGCACAGUACUGAGAGACCAGCUGGAUGUCGACGGGUCGUACUGCAUGGAUAUCCGCACCAAGAGUAGUGAGACCGAACCAGACACCUUCAGCAUUUGCAUUGCCAAGAGUAAUAAAGCCCUUGUUAUUGUGAAGGCGAAAAAGGACGUACAUGGUGGCAAGGUGAACAAAGUAGCCUUUGACAUGGCGAAGUACUUGAGAGAUUCUAGCUAUUAAGGUUGCCAUGGUUGCUUUUUACAUUCCACUGCUGCCCUUACACGCACACACACACGCACACACACACUCUGAGAGAUCACCACUCUUCCAGUUCACAAGCAAUAUUGCCACCCUUCUAUCCAAGGUCCAGCGCUCUUCCUCCAGUGAGCUAAUUUCAGCCAAAGUUGUACAUUUUCUUUUUUUGUUGACUGUUUUGUAUAGUUAAUCAUCCAUCAUCGUCAUUGUAACCAUGCAUGCCACAUGUGUUUUUAUCAGAGACAUUUGAGACAUCAUGACUCAUCACUGAGGGGGGUAUCCCAAGAACACGUUUAAGUGAUACUCCUGGCAAAGUUAAGUGGUAAACCCGCUAAAGGAUAGCCCACAGGUGUCAUUCAGUUAAGAAAAGGAGCACUCCAGGCUCUUCUAUUGGAUGAUUUACCACUAUCUCAAGGUUAACCUAACCUAGUUUACUACUGGGCCAGGCUCUUGGAAUACUUCACGGGUAUUCAUGUAAUGAUAAUGAUGCUAAAUAAUAAUAAUAAUAAUAAUCAUAGUAACAGAUUUUUAUGCUGGAUCCCAAUUGAUGGUGUAACGCGAUACAGUGUUGUUCAGGGAACUUGUGACUGGGUGGUUUAGGCCAUCUACUGUUUUUGUAUUCUUUUUAAAAAAAAAGAUGUUUUAUUAUGACCAACAGAACAAAUGAAAUCUAUAUAAAGAACUAAACAUAUUCUAAUGA